AUGGAUGACUUCUUAGUGUACGGGCAAAAAUACGAAGUCUGUCUCAAUAAUCUAGAGAAGAUACUGAGGAGAUAUGAAGAGACGAACCUUAUGCUGAACUGGGAGAAGUGCCACUUCAUGGUGAAAGAAGGUAUUGUGCUCGGGCACAAAGUCUCUAAGGACGGGUUGGAGGUGGAUAAGGCAAAGAUUGAGGCGAUUGAAAAGCUCCCACCUCCAGCAAAUGUGAAGGCUAUCAGGAGUUUCCUGGGACAUGCAAGAUUUUACGGUCGUUUUGUGAAGGACUUUUCGAAGAUUGCACGACCAUUGAAUGCGUUGCUGGAGGCAGAAAGAACAUUUGACUUUGAUGAACAAUGCCUAAACGCAUUCAAGAUACUGAAGGAUGCAUUAAUAACCGCACCUGUGUUAGCCCUGUCUCUUAUACACAUCUAG